AUUUACUAUGUUAGAUUGAAAUUGUGUGUGAUGAUGAACACUUACAACAUUGCAAGUGAAAAUAUUUCAUUUUCAGUUGUUAGAAAAGUGUGAAUAUCCCAAUCUUCCUUUCUUGUCGUGUGUUCCAAGUUGCUGUCGAAAUUCUAAACUGUGAACUCUGUUUUCCUCUGCUUUCAGCAAAGAACGCUUUUCAGAGGCAACACAAAACCAACAUUGAUGAAUGAAACUGAUUGACAUGCCAUUUUUCGCUUACCCAAUUGCCUCUCCAACCACAACCAACCACCCCUUUUUCCCUUUCCUAUUAAACUACCUUCCUUCCAGCCACAGAAACCGUGUGCACAUACAAAGAAAAAAAAGGUCUCGUUUUUAUGCAGAAAAAAAUCUGGGGUUUGCAUUGUUGAGUUCACUUUUCAAAAGGGUUAUUUCUUGAAGCGUAAUGGCUCAGUGGCAGGGUGAUGCUGAUGAGGGCAUAGACUACAUGUUCAAGAUUGUGAUGGUUGGUGACUCUGGGGUUGGAAAGUCUCAGCUUUUGAAUCGGUUUGUGAAGAACGAAUUCCAUAUGAAAUCGAAACCCACAAUUGGGGUGGAGUUUCUGACAAGGACACUCGUCAUGGACCACAAGCUUGUCAAGGCACAGAUUUGGUACACUGCUGGUCAAGAAAGGUACCAGGCAAUUACAACAGCCUAUUACAGGGGUGCAAUUGGUGCAUUACUAGCAUACGACAUAACCAAGCAGCAAACCUUUGAUCAUGUUGAGAAGUGGUUGGAUGAGCUGCGGAUACACGCUGAUCGAAAUAUACUUGUCAUGCUUGUUGGCAACAAAUCUGACCUGAGUUCUCUUCGAGCAGUGCCUGUUGAAGUGGCUAGAGAGUUCGCACAGCAAGAGGGUCUAUUCUUUCUGGAGACAUCUGCUCUUGACUCCAGCAAUGUGGAAUCAGCUUUCGUUGGUCUCCUCUCUCAAGUAUAUAGAACAGUCAGUAGGAAGCAAAUCAUUGUGGAUGGACAUGAAGCAAAUUGGGACAAAGUAAACCUUGGACUUGAAGGAACAAACAUUAAGAUGCCAUUUCAAGAACCUGAAUGCCACAAUGCUAAAAAGAGAUCCAAUUGCUGCAGUAUUCUUUAGAAUUUUGUGUUCACCUAGAGCCACCUUUAUCUUGGGUAAGGACUAUUUUGCUCUCUUCCCAUGUUGUGGCGCAUUAAUGUAGACUUUGCCAUCUAUUUUUCCUUCCUUUACCUUUCAGGAUAUUUGUUAGGCAUAGUUUUACAAACUCAAGAAUGAUAUGAUGAAUUUGAGUAGUCUGUUCAAAAUUUAUCUAGAAGUGAAGCUUUUGCCUGGACUAAUGCUCAAUGCUGCUUCCCAAGAAUGCAAAUAGGACUUUUUUCU